AUGGUCAUGGCCGAAGUCCACGAAGGCAUCUGUGGAGCGCACCAGGCUGGUCCUAAGAUGAGAUGGUUGAUUCGGGGCCAUGGGUACUACUGGCCAACUAUGAUGGCAGACUAUGUCAAGUUUGGGCUUCUAGAGACUAUCACGUGCGACAACGGGAGCGUUUUCGUUGGGGAUGAGGUGGUGGCGUUUGCGACUGAGUUAGGAAUAACAUUCACCCAUUCCACCCCGUACUACGCACAAGGCAACAGACAUGCCGAGGCAAGUAACAAGAUUCUCAAGGGGUGUUUAGCGAAGGUUGUGGAUGACAACCCACAAAGAUGGGCAGACAUGCUUUCUGAGGUAUUGUGGGCAUUCAGGACAUCACAACGGACCAGCACGGCUACUACGCCCUUUGCGUUAAAGUACGACCACGAUGCAGUGUUACCCAUUGAAGUUAGCAUAAGAUCAGCACGGGUGGCAUUCCAGCAGGGCCUCACGCCAACAGCCUACAGCGAGGCCAUGAUGGCUGAGCUCGAUGACCUAGAAGAAGAGCGCUUGGCCGCGUUAGAUAGGAUGCAAGUUCAGAAGAGGAAGGUUGCAGCCAUCUACAACAAAAGGAUAUGCCCAAAGCACUUCCAGGAAGGGGACGUCGUCCUGAAGGCCAUACUCCUGGUUGGUGCAAAGGACCCCAGACUGGGCAAAUGGUCCCCAACAUGGGAAGGACCAUUUAUGGUCUGUCAGGUGCUCCGGGGUGGGGCUUACAGGCUGCGUGACUUAGAGGGAUGCAUCCAGAUCAGGCCUAUCAAUGGCAAGUUCCUUACGACUUUUCAUCCCAUAAUCUAG